AUGGUGUUCAAGUCUCCAUCACCUUCACAAGUGUCUCGACAUUGUCAAGGAUGGAGCACGAUCGAUAUACCUUGUCGAAAGUCCAGCGAGCUCUUAAUCGCAUAUGAUAAGAAGUGGAAUUCCUGGGUCCACUAUGCCCUUGAAUAUCCCGAGUUCGAGCGGGAGCAUGCCCACUUCAUGAAUUCUCUAGAAAGUGGUGCUAUCUUGUCAGAUUGUGAUCCAGGUUGGUUAUCAGUAUAUUUUAGUGUCAUUACGGCUGCUCUGUUAAUGAUGGGUGAUGAAGAAGCCCGUGAAAUACUUCCUGAAGGUGAGAAAACGCCUUACGGCUCAACUACUUUGCACACGCCUAAUGGUGUCGACCGGCGUUCAGGAGAUCUCGAAAGUAUACUGCAACGGUGGUAUAAAACCGCCUUGUUCUGCCUCGAAGAAACAGACUACAUGAGAACUAGCACAAUUCGCCCUGUUCAGGCAAUCGCAGUACUUGGCAUGUGCUUUCACAAUUUCGGGGACUCUGGCUUAUACCGUCAUCUUUGGAGCUGCGCAAUUCGCAUCGCGCGGAAUCUCGGGCUGGAUUGCUCUCAUGCUACACAUCUCGCUUCAGAGCUAGGCCUCGAAGCUCAAAGGCGCCUUUGGUGGACUCUGAUAAUUUGUGAAUGGCUUGCGGUUCCUUACUACGUGCCACAAGUAGACGAAGGAGAUUUCGAUACAUCACUUCCUUCGGACGAAUCUGAUGUUGAAGGCCCUCAACCGGUUUUGUACCACAUCUUCAUGGCAAGAACCUCGACCGUUUAUCACAGAUUUAGAUCAGCGCUGCGGGAAGGCACACGGUCAGUUUCCGAAAUUGUUCGCCUAGCCGAUGAUGAGCUAGCAGAAGUCAUCAACACCUUGCCAGCCCAUCUCCAGCCUGAUGGUGGCAAAAGCAAGGAAAUGCAAGGGUUAGAGAUCAUUCACCCCUGGAUUAAAUGGCAACGAUUCGACAUCAGCCUCGUGCUUCUUCAUCAUCGGAUGCGCAUCAACCGAUCCCUGCAGAAAGAAUGGCUAGCAGCUCCUGGUCUGUAUGACUGGGCACGAGCAGUGUGUAUUCGUUCUGCUAUGGAUAUCAUCUGGAUAACCCACAAUUGGGAUCAGCCAGUCGCAAUGCGGAGACAGUGGGCGUUAUCGAUGCAUAUCUUCGUCGCUGCCAUCUUCCUCCUCAGAGAAUCCCAAAUGGCCCAGUCUGGUGCUGAAGUUGACUUCACAGACGAGGUGCAGCUUGCCAUUGAAUACCUCGACGAGGUCAAAUCACGCAACGCCAUAGCAGAGAGGGCAGUUGCUAUUCUCAGGUCUUCGCUGGAUGAAGAAGAUUUGGCAGCAGAGUUUCCAUGA